UGUGUGUGUGUGUGUGUGUGUGUGUGUGUGUGUGUGUGUGUGUGUGUGUGUGUGUGGCGGGCUGCUGGUGGGCGGUGCUGCAAAGUGAAAGAAGACACUGCAGGAAGUAAGGCGCACAGGCCAUCGAGCUUCUGUUUCUGGGACCUUCUCUUUUCUCUACUUUUCUCUCGGUGUGGCUCUCAUCUUCUGCUGAUUUGGACCUUGGAGAGGAGUCUUCAGUAGUUCUGCACUGGACGGGAUAUCGGAAGUGCUGAGCUCUGGCUUGUGGUGGUGUGGGGGACUGGACCUGGAACACUGAAGCCUCAGGUGCAGUGCUGUCCAGUGAAGAGGCUGUGCUGCUAGAUUUAAAGCAGAGUCUCAAGCUAUUGCUGUGAUUUCUCUUCAUUUUCUGACCUGAAGGACAUUCAGAGAAAGAGGAAGAGAUGGCAGUUUCUUGGGGCUCAGUGACCUAUGAAGAUGUAACUGUGAUAUUCACUCAAGAGGAGUGGGCACUAUUAAACCCUGCAGAGAAGAAACUCUACAGAGAUGUGAUGGGGGAAAACUUCAGGAACUUUCUUUCAAUAGAAAAGUUACAAGACCAUUCCAGCAAAGAGCAGCAUAACUUCCAUGGGAGUAUACAUAGUAAUAGAGUGAUGAAAAUCUCUGAGGACAAAGCAAGUCAGAAUGGUAAAAAACCUCAAGAAUGUGAAGUAUACAACAAAUUAUUCACUUACUCUAUUCAUCUUCAAAAACAUGGAAGAACUCACAGGCAAGAGAAACCCUAUGAGUGUAAACAAUGUAUUAAAACAUUCAGUUCUCGCAGUUCUCUUUGGAUACAUGGAAGAAUUCACAGUGGAGAGAAACCCUAUGAAUGUAAACAAUGUAGUAAAGCAUUCAGUUAUUUUGCUUCUUUUCAGCUGCAUGAAAGAAUUCACAGUGGAGAGAAACCCUAUGAAUGUAAACACUGUAGUAAAGCAUUCAGUCACGCCGGUAAUCUUCGGAAACAUGAAAGAAUGCACAGUGGAGAGAAACCCUAUGAAUGUAUACAAUGUAAUAAAACAUUCAGCUAUUCUGCUUCUCUUCGGAGACAUGAAAGAAUGCACAGUGGAGAGAAACCCCAUGAAUGUAAACAAUGUAGUAAAACAUUCAGUCAAGCCAGUUAUCUUCGGACACAUGAAAGAACUCACAGUGGAGAGAAACCCUAUAAAUGUAAACAAUGUAAUAAAGCAUUCAGCUAUUCCUCUUCUCUUCAACUGCAUGAAAGAACUCACAGUGGAGAGAAACCCUAUGAAUGUAAACAAUGUAGUAAAGUAUUCAGGCAAGCCAGUUAUCUUCGGACACAUGAAAGAAUGCACAGUGGAGAGAAACCCUAUGAAUGUAAACAAUGUAGUAAAGCAUUCAGGCAAGCCAGUUAUCUUCAGAUACAUCAAAGAAUGCACAGUGGAGAGAAACCCUAUGAAUGUAAACAAUGUAGUAAAACAUUCAGGCAAGCCAGUCAUCUUCGGACACAUGAAAGAACUCACAGUGGAGAGAAACCCUAUGAAUGUAAAUAAUGUACUAAAACAUUCAGUUGUUCCAUUAAUCUUCAGACACAUGAAAAUACAGUUGAAAUACAGUGUAAUAGGGUUUCUUUUCACUGUAUUUCCCCUAUGAAUGUUAACAAUAUAGCAAAACAUAGGAAACCCUAUGAACGUUAACUAUAUAGUGCGCUUACCCCGCUGUGCUACCACCCAACUCCCAAGAUUCUUUUUAUUAUUUCAGUAUCCACAUAUUUUUUUAGGCAUUGUGUCCCAACACAUGAUGAGUCUUAGAGAAUGUUCUGUCAGUAGUGCUGGGAGUUGGGACACCUGGCUGAGUGUGUGUGUUGUAGUGCCCAAAGAACUGGGUUUUAGCCCCAGGCCCUACCUGCUCAGGGAAAACUGUGGAACAGGUGAACCAGUACUGCAGAGAGAAUUUUCCAUGUGCAUUUGAAAAGAAUAUGUAUUUUUAAAUUUUUUUAUUAUAUUUAUUUAAUUUUUGGUUAUAGACUGUCAAAUCAAGAGAGAAAGAGGAGAUAGAGAGGGAGAGACAGAGACACGCCUGCAGCACUGCUUCACCACUUUCAAAACUUUCCCUUUGCAGGUGGGGACAGGGGGAUUGAACCAAGAUCUUUACAUAUUAAAGUUCAUGUUUUUUUAAGAACUAAGCAACCACAAGAAAAGCUGCCCACAAGAAAAAGCCUGGCUUCCCCUUUUCUGCUCCCCUCUCUCUGAGCCAUUUAGAUAACUCCGAGCUGGGCCAUCAAGAAUGAUGUUGCAAAAUGUGUGUUCAUGUGUAAGGUUAAAAAUAUAGAAUUAACCAGCCCUAUUGGCUUCUGUAUCUGCCACUUUGCAUAAAAUAUAAGAUGGUGCCAUAGGACAGAAUUUAAAAUGUAUACUUUAGAUAUAAGUGUGUAUGUGCCUCCCACUUGCACAAGUGCCCCUACACCCCUCUGGCUCUUUAGAUAAGAGUUUAUGCCCCCUAGGAGCCGGGCGGUGGGUUAAGUGUAUAUGGCGCAAAGUGCAAGGACUGGCUCAAGGAUCCUGGCUCCCCACCUGCAGGGGACUCACUUCAUGGUGGUGAAGCAAGUCUGCAAGUGUCUAUCUUUCUCUCCCCCUCUCUGUCUUCCUCUCCUCUCUCCAUUUCUCUCUAUCCUAUCCAACAACAACAAUAUCAAUAUUAACUUCUUCUUCUUCUAGCAUUUGCCCUUCUUCCGUAGCCAGUUAACAGCGUCAGGUUGAGCCUGAUGUAAAGUUUUGAGACCUCCUUUGAACAACAAGGGCAACAAAAGGGAAUAAAUCAAUAGAAAAAAAAAGAGUGUAUGCCCCCAUCCAAGGGGGAUAUUUAAGACCCUAGUUUUCAGGGUUAGUCGGUUCUCAAGCAAUGGUGCUUCUGUGGCAUUCCAGCUUAUGGGCCCCUCAGCUGAGCCCCCACUGUGUGUGUGUCUUCUGUGUGAGUUAACUUUCCAUAUACUUUUUGUGUUUGAGUGAAUAAAUACCUCAACUUCCUCUGUUUCCUGCGUUGGCCUCAGUUUGUAAUGGAGACAGUCAGAAAUAAAAUUUAACAAGUCAGUCAUAUCUAUGACUUCAUUUAA